AAUAAAGAAGCUAACCAGGUGACAUAAAAACCUUGCAAGUCUACUUGACUAAAAUGUCCGAAUUCGUUGACAACAAAGUCUUUCAGGAGGCAGUGAAGGAUGUCAGUCAGCAGAAUUACACCAAGAUACAAACCCUGAAAGAGAAACAGCUGGUAAUAAAAUCAGUGCAGGAAACUCUGGCAGAUGUUAAGAAGAAAUGUCAGCAUGCAAAGCAGGAGGUAAAGUCUAAAUCAAGAGAAAUCCAGCUGCUGGAAGGCCAGAUGGACCAUUUGGAGAGGCAACAGAAGGUCCUACAUGAUCGCUGUGCUUCCAUUAACAAGGGAAACAUAGAGCUGCAGAUGUAUAUACAAGAGGAGGUGGAGGAUGACCAAUUAACACUUGGAAAAUUCAGCAUGUACAGGGAAAAGAUGAAAGGUCACAGAAACGUCGUCUUGCAGGCUGCGUGCCAGACGGAGACCCACAGAGAACUCGAGGAGAAAAAAAUGCUGGUCUGGAAACUGAAGCAGGAGAAAGAGCAGUUAAGGGAGGAUUUGGAAAACCCAAACGGGAAUGUGCUGCAGACUGCUAAGGGGGAAACUGAUUCCCUGAAGAGGGAGAUCUCUGAAAGAAGUUUGGCUGUUGCUGCAAUGACUCACCAACUGAAGAAAGAGCUUGAGACUAAUGUCAAGUUAAAGAAAGACAUAGAGAUCCAAAACAGGCGCCAUGAAGCCAUUGUGAAGCGUCUCCGCUGUCAACUCAGUAGAACUCAGGCUGUUCACAGGCAAACACUGGAUGAGAUCCUCCAACUGCAGCAGCAGCUAGCUGAGCUCAAGGGCCAGCAGCAUUCCUCUGAGGAUUGGUGAUGGCUUAAAUGUUGAAUUAUGCUUGUCCAGUCUGUUAUUUUUAUGUUAAAGAAUAAGUUGACUUACUGUUUACAUAUAGGUUUGGUUUUAUCUCAGUUGAUGAACAGCAGGGGGCAGCACCCUCCAGUUAAUACCUAGCUUGCUCUUUUUUUUUUAAUCUUUUUGACUGACAUGUUUUUUAGGAUAUAUUAAUGACUUCAAUAAAAUUUAGCUAAAUACAACCCGAAAUGUUAAAUUAUUUCAUUAGCUUUGUCAACAUGGUUCAACAAAGAACUUAUUAGGUAAACAUUUUUUCAUUUUCAAUGUGGAUUAGUUGAGAUGUGCAGAGUGCUGGAUUAACUGAUCUCAGUUUAAGUGAUGACAGAAAAUCUGUUCAUACUGAACGGAGUUUGAUGCACAGCAGAAGGCAUGUGUCUACCGUGACUGACGAGACAUUGAAGAGGUUUGUUUUGGAACACGAUGUUUCAGCUUCUGCCUUACUGGGUGGCUUGAUGAGUGCGAAGUGACAGCUCUACUGUCCCUCCAACCCAAUAAGAACAAAGAGACUGUUGAAACCAAUUACUGUGCUUGUUCAUUGUUAAUUCAACUACUUCUUGACAUUUUCAAGGAAUGAGUUCACAGUGUUUUGGAUUCAAUAGGCUAGUCUGGAAAAAAGUUAAGUAAAUAUUGAAUCAAACAUGAACAGAAACCUUAAAAAAUAUAUUUGAAACACAUUUUCUGGUCUGGAAUCCUUCUUGUUGGACAUAGUAAUAAGUUUGGACUUACAUCAACCCAGCAACAUGUCUUUCAAU